AUAUUUGAAAACAUGUACAAUACUCCAAGAUCAAAAAACCCACUUAAAUUACUAUCCUCCCUUCUGGCCCAAAGGCCAUGCUAGGAGGGGCUGGGAAUACUUCUGGGAAACGUAACACCCGACCGCUGGAGAUGCACUGCGCAGCAUGGUAACGCAUCCGGCUUUCUUCGAACACCGUGAGAGUGAACCACUGCCUAUUCAGCACCACCUCGGUCAAUCUAGCUACCGCGUGGAGUCCACAGGUAUUGCUCCCGUAUUCUUGUUAUUGCACCGCAACAUUCAGGACUUCACGUGAGCCGUAGAGUUGACGCAUAGCUUGUACGAAGAAUCCAUCGUGAGGGAGAUGGACGUUCAUGCUAUCCAUGAAGUACACCUGCCCAUCAACAACUGCCGUCGCCGCGAAGUGCUGCCUAGCCGGGUCGAUGAUAGGCUCGUAUUACGAGCAGGCGUGGAGUCGGUCGUGAUUCUGCCCUCUCAAGCAUGCCGUGAAGGCUCGGUAGCCAGCACGGAAUUUCCGUGCUGGCUGAAACGUGACGGAAACCCAUUCAAGGACGCGACUGCAGCAUACACCGACCGACUAUUGACGGGAAGGACACAACAAUCUGGGGUCCACCAGCACGAGGAAGAGUUAGUGUACAAUGACAGUUGACCAAGGGACGACACUAUUUAGACUUUUGCCACCAUGAUGGGCGCCAGGGACCUCGAGGAAGGGAGUUCCACCAUCAACCCAGAAUAGUA